ACUCCUUCUCUUGCCUCUGCGCUCUUGACGUUGGGUGUCUUCCCUGGUGGAGCUUCAGUAUUUACAACAAUAUUAUCAGAAGCCUGUCCGGGGUUCGUGUCCGUCACGGACAGACAGAGACACAGACGGUCAGUGAGACACCUUUAUCAUGUUGAUCCGGUUCGUGUCGCGUGUCGCCUCCUCCUCGUGUUUGGACUUCUUCUGAACCUUUUUGGAGACGUUUCCUAUAAUGUUGGCGACUGACAUCCGUCUACUGUGUGUGCACUGCAGUGGUGCGCAGCUUCGCCUGGAGAAACACCUGUGCGCCUCUCCUCUCCAACGGCCACAGUCAUGAAUGUUGAGUAGGUACGGAUCCAGCACCUGAGCACGAGCCCACGCAGCAAACAUCCACGGAGUGCAUGAGGUCCGUGUCUGCGGUCUGUGGUUGUUUACGGUGGCUCAUUAUUGAUGGUUACAGACCGUCACUUUGGAUGGCAGCUCGGCCUCUGCGCGGAGGCAGAGGAGCGUUUGAGAGAUGAUGAUGAUGAUGAUGGUGGUGAUGAUGAAGGGUUAAAGAUGGGUUCAUGGUUCGGGUUUGUUUGUUGGCCGGUCUUUCCUUAAAGCAGAGAGUGGGGGAGGUGGGGGACGUCUUGGUGCUGUCAGACAGGAUGUAGGGGAGGAUCUAUUGGAGCAGGAUUACCCGACCAUUUUUGGUGAGAGAGCAUCGUGGACUUCUGAUCACAGUUGACGCAUUGCACUCCUCGCGUUUUGGCUGCUGGUCUGUAAUAAUUAUAUAAUCAGACUCAUGUAAUCGAGCCUUUUCCUUUUUUCUUCAACAGCAUACGGUUACAGAGAGUACCGUCGCCCCCUCCCUCCCCCCAAGGAUCCAUUUAUGCAGCUCUCCCGCUGAGCAACCUCUGAAUGCCAAUUAUAAAUGUGGGUGGGCAUCAACAGUGUUCAAGUUUACAUAAUUCUGUUUGGGGAGCCCUCAGAGUGUGCGUGGUGCGCUCAAACACAGAAAAGGGGGAGAUUUUGGUUAAAUGCAGCAAUGUGCCCAUGACUCAUGGGUUUUAUAGUGUGCUCCACAAGGUGUGUGUGUGUGAGAGUGUGUGUGUGAGUCCCUGAAAUGUGUUCAAAGUGUGUGAGAGAGGAUGUGAGGUGCAGUCAUUUUGAAGUCCACGGUGUGUGUGUGGGUGAGUGAGUUCAAGCAGGUGUGUUUUACAUGAGGUUCAUACAAGAUGAGGAUUUUCUGUCCAGUUUUUAACCCUCCUCAUGUGUUCAGGUCUGCACCAACGAGGUUUUUGAUUUUAAAGGCUUAAAAGAAACACUUAAAUGAGCUUUUUUGCAUCAAGACUUUAUGACUUUGUCAGGAACCUCUAUGUCAGGGGUGGACGACCAUGUGCCAUGGAGAGCCGAGAGCCAAAACUCCACCAGGUGAUUUCACUGAUUAGUCCCUGCUCUCUGCUUGGAGGUAAUCAGUGAAAUCACCUGGUGGAGUUUUGGCUCUCAGCUCUCACAUGGUUGUCCACCUCUGCUCUAUGUCAACAAAAUAAAAAUAAAACAACAAAAUCGACUUAAUUAUAAAAUGCUCUUAUGGCACUUGUCGUGUUAGGAUCGCUGUUGACCCGGUCUGAUCAAUAUCUAAUAAUUAGAGCCAAAACUGAAAUCAUAAAAGCACUGUCAGGCACCGCACUGACAGUCAGAUCCUCUUCCAAUCAUUUGAGAUUUAGGAAAUUCUCAUUUUUCCGUAUUUUUCUCUGCACAAAAAAACAACGUCAGGCAUGUCCAGACAUUCGUUUAUCUGACAGGGACAGUACAUCAGGCAUUGUUGCAUCUGAUUAAAGAGUAACAGAUGCUGUGUAUGCAGGACUUGAUACAUAAACCACUAAAUAGAAACUAAAAUUACAGCACGUGAGAUUAAUUCAGUAUAGAUGUCUGUAUGAGGGGUAUACUGACAAAGAAAGGCCCACAACAAAAACUAUCAUAAGCAAUAUUUUCAUGGAUAAUGAAGCCGAACAAGAUAACCUAGAGAUGAGAAUCAAACUGGAUGAUAGAGAAUUGUUUUUAGUGUAAUUUACAGCUGAUUUAAGACACAGGUCAAAACCGAUCCUUAACAUGGUGGGUGCGUAGUAAAAGCUAACACAGGAGGAAGGUUAAAGAGGAGGAUGAGUUUGACCGGUGAAAAGUCUGACAUCAGUUCCUGCAUCGCUCCAACUCUCUGCAAACGAACACUUAAAAAGAGCAUCAUUAUCAACAGCAGCAUCCUCUUCUUGUGAGGUACAGUCCGCUGUCUCUUCUGAUCAUCCUGUUUCUCCUUCUGUCUUUGUUUUUCAGAGAGCAGAUCACCCUAAGGCGCGGUGACUGUCUGCUUUUGUCUAAAAGAGCAAGAGAGGGAGCAGCAGCAGCACAAAUACCGCACAGCCGCACAUCAUGCACGGAGAAAGCUUCCCUCGCUGCAGAGUGCUGAAAUGUUAGCACAGAAGAGCAAGAGUGUCAGAUCAAAUCAGCAGACUGUGUACAUUAGGGGCGGCGAUAAGAGCUGCCUGACACUAGACUCCCUAACGCCCUGCGUGUGGUUUAAGGCCCCUUUCAAUCACCAUCGAGGGGAGACGCGUUAACUGAUCUCUCAUCAGCACUUUCUGUUCUUCUGUCAGAUUCAGCGUUCCCGCGGCGAGCAGAGAUGGAGUGGUCACUAGAGAAUGUGAGGGAGAUGGUGGCGGGAGGGAUGCAGUCUAUAAGGGAGUGCGAGGUCUGUGCUUUCGCCAUAGGCAUGUGCGUGCUGCUUCUCUUUAUGUGGUAUUGUUACAGGGUGGGCCGGGAGCACGGGUCCAGCCCUCUGCGUGGGAGGUACCUGUCAGGGCCCGGCCGGAUUGGAGGGGUGGUUGGGGGCUUCAUGAGUUCAGACUGCCGUGGCCGGGGCAAAGGGAAGCACGGGUCUUUGCUGGAGGAGCAGAAUGGCUUCGCUUUCUGCCAGUCCUCCGAGUGCUUUCGCUGCACCAGCGCAGGAGAGAGUCUGAACCAGAGACUCUACCACAGCCUGCAGGAUUACGCCAAGAGGUACACCUGGUCAGGUAUGGGCCGGGUGCACAAAGGAGUCCGAGAUCAAGGCAGGUACCUGAACAGCCGACCCACGAUUCAGCGACCAGAAGUCUUCUUCCUCCCGGACCUGCCCUCAGCCCCCUUCUUCUCCAGAGAGAUCCAGAGGCAUGACGUGGAGCUGCUGGAGCAGAGCUUCCCCGCCCUCCUGGCCGAGUUUGAGAGCAUCUACCACCAGCCUCCGGCCCGCAGCGGCUCCUCCCUCCCACCUGGGUGGAAAGCGAACAGCACUCCUCGUGGGCAGUGGUGGACCUACUACCUGGUCAACCAAGGCACCCCCCUGGUUCUGAAUGUGAGGAGGUGUCCCAGGGCCUGGAGGGUGCUGGGCCAACUGCGCACCUUCAUCGCCAACAACGUGUUCGGAAACGCCUGCUUCUCUGUGCUGACGCCCGGCGCCCUCAUCUCUGAGCACUACGGUCCAACUAAUGUCAGACUGCGCUGCCACCUGGGUAAGAGAGCGAGCUGUUCGGGGAGUUGAAACUGAAUCAGGCGUGUGAUGUCUGAUGGCUCGGUGUGUAUUCAUCCUGACACGACAGCAGUUGAUUACAGUAAUGAGCAUAUUUAACUGGAGCGGUUCAGCUCAGGGAAUCAGCUGCUGUCGUGUUUUGACUGAAAAUCUGCGUCCUCUUAGAGCAGGACACCACAUGGAGGAGAAUUUGUGUCUUCUGCUCAAAUUUGUCUGUUUUUGCUGCACCUUAGCUUUGAUUCUAUUUCCACACUGUGUCCUGUGUGAUGUCUAUGAAUAGAGAUUUAAUUGUUGUGCAGGCAUCACUGUUUUUGAGGAGCUUUCAGACGGCGUAUUGUAAUAAAACAGGAUGCUCUAAGUGAAGGUUUUUUAGUCUACCUGGCAGGUUGCUAAGCAACACAAACUGCUUUAAAUGCACUCAAUCCGUCGGUCCCAUAAUAACACAUGGAUGGACUUGUUCUGUGUGUGUCUGGCAGGUCUCAGAGUGCCCCCUUCCUGUGAGCUCGUGGUCGGUGGAGAGCCACAGUGCUGGUCUGAGGGCAGCUGUCUGCUUUUCGAUGACUCCUUCCUCCACAGGGCCUUCCACGAGGGUAAGAGGGGAUUAAAACCUAAUCCUGUGUUCACUCCUUCCCCUUUUAUUUAUUUAUUCCUUGAAGGAUUGGCCUUAAAAUGGCCCACAUCAGCAUCACCAAGGAAAUCUCUCAGCUUGAAACAAAAAGUGUUUGAAUCUUACCGUUUUUCUCUGUUUUCAUUUUUCCAGGCGGCGCCGAGGACGGCCCCAGAGUGGUCUUCAUGGUGGACCUUUGGCACCCCAACGUGGCCGCCGCCGAGAGACAAGCCUUGGAUUACAUUUUUACUCCGGGCCGCUUAGAAGACAGAGAAGGGAAAUAGGUGUGAGUGAGAGAAACCAUGUCUGACCACGAGACGGAUUGAUUUGAGGGAAGUGUUUGUAGGAUUGGGGGAGCAACUUCUUUUUCUGCCUCCAGACCAGCGUUCAUAUUCACUGUGUACAUAUUCUCCGUCUCAUACGAUAUCUCUCAUAACUCUUAGAACUGAUGAUCAAACAUUGGGCCUCUUUUAUUAGACAUGCUGUUGUGUCUGUAAAGCUGCGAUAGAGUAACCACACCUAGAAAAUACUUACCAUGUAGGUAGACAGUUAUGGGAUUUAUAUUUGAGCGAGGGCUUGGACAUUUAAUGUAAAGCUUAAAGCUAAACUUUCAGCUGAUAAAAUGUUGGAUAUUUUGAUUGUAAAUUAACUGUUUUGACUUAAAGUUCUGUCGUCUUAAAUGAAAGUGUUUGUUGAUUUGUCAUCUUGUUUAUAAGGAUCUAGUUUGAUUAGCAAAAGAAGCCAAUUUGAGCUCAAAAAAACUGCAGAUUCACAACUUUGAGACAACUUAUAAUCUUAAAAAAAAAGGACAGUCAAAUCAGUAAAUGCUGGUUGUGCAUGUAGAUUUCCAUCCCUCUUCCUUUUUGCCACUUUAAAGUACUGUAAUAUGACAAACGGCUCCCAGCAUGAAAAAUAAUAAUGUCUUUCUGUCUCUCUGUUUUGCUUCAGAACAUUCAUAUUUCCAUUGGCAAGCCUACUCUGUUAACUAAACAUGAACUGGAGCCACAGACGAAGCAUUUAUGCCUCUAGACUGUUUGUAUGAAGUACCGGUGAUGUGAUUUAACACUUAACCUCUGAGGAUUAUCACCAAUUGUUUUAUAAUUACUCACAUACAUUUCCACAAGGGCUAAGAAAUCUGAUCAUUCAACUUUCACUCCGCAUACUCAAUCAUACGCUCGUCACGCUCGACGUAACGGUCGGUUUGUUUGCAUAUUUCAGGAGGAAGAGAAUCCCAGUUUAGAUUUGAGACGAAUCAGCCGCCUGGGUUUUUAUGAAUGGGUGUAAAAAUGUCUUUCUUGUAAAUUUGUGACACAUUUCUAAGGAUUGUAGUUCAUGUUUACGUUCGAUCACAGCUACAAGGCAGGUCAGUUUGAGGCCUCCUGUUCAAAGCCCACAUAAAGAAGCCAAGAAUGAGCAAUAGCUGCAUAGUGGCUUUAAUGGUAAACAAACGCAAGAUCGUUCUGUCGGAAUAAUCCGAAGUGAAUUUGCCUGUUAGUUUUUAAAAAAGGAAAUUAAUGAUUCAUGCAUGUCUCCUUUACAUUUUCAAAAAGACAACCAGGCGUGUUUUAAUAACUGAGGUCCAAUGUCGAUCAUGAUAUGAAUGUUUACAGACGCAGCUGAUCUCUCUCUGUUUUGACUCCUGCUGCUGCUGCUGGUGUGGUAGUUUAUCGUGCUCCCCGUUCAAAAAAUAAGAGAAAACCAAUCCUGCUUUCAGAGACAUGGUUAGAAAAGCACAUUUUUAGGUCCAGUCGUGUGAGUCGGCCUGUGCUGUGUGACACUGGAGAUGAAGAAGUGUUUUUGGUAAAUUUACUAAACUCUUGUUAUUUGGUUGCAUUUGAUAUCAGGUUUGUAUUUCUGUACAUAGGGUAGAGGCUCAAAAAAGAAUGAUCUGAGAUGUUCGACAUGAUUGUCCUCAAUGCUAUAACUAUUGUGUGGUCUUGAUUUGCAGCUAAAGAGAGUGCAUUUCUGAAAAAAAAAAGAAUAAAUAAAUAAGCCAACCAUGAACUCAUUUUGAUAGGUUACAAUUUGUAGAUUCUGUAAACUGUUUAUGAAGUACUAUCUCUGUUGUUCUGUGACGUAUUUCUUUUUGGUUUUGCAGCGCCACAAAGUGUAAACGGUAAUGCAAAUAAUCCUCUGCAGCUUUAAAAGGUCCAUCGCAAUUCAAGAUCCCAUCCAUCCAAUUCUAAUGUUUACAAAAGUAUGAUUAUUUACAAGCUGUUUACAUCAGAAGAGACCGACACUCACAUUGAGCUGUCCAGAAUUAGGUUUAAAAUCAAGAGUGCUGUCGACGAGAGGACGAAUCAUUCCCAAAGCAUUUGCUUUAUAUGCACAGUACAUGGUGGGGCUACCGUUUUGUUUACAUUUGAAUGAAGACUUGUCCUUUAACACAUUCUCUUGUGUGGAUUUUGAACAGUAUUUCUGUACAUUUAAUAAAUGGACUAGUAUCUUAUUUAACCA